AUGUUGCACCGAGUACCCUUCGGUAGCAAGCAGAUAAGUGUCACAGGAUGGUGCGGUCUUCUGACGUUUUGCACUUUGCUGCUGGCUUGGGUGGUCGGAUUCUCCAUACGAUUGUUCUCUGUAAUCCGUUUUGAAAGCGUCAUACAUGAGUUCGAUCCAUGGUUUAACUACCGCGCAACAAAACAAAUGGUUGAAAACAACUUUCAGUCGUUUUACAACUGGUUCGAUAGCACAGCCUGGUACCCAUUAGGUCGUAUUGUAGGUGGCACGGUUUACCCCGGGUUGAUGGUUACUUCGGCACCUGGUUACAUCAGCCGUUCAUCAGCCGGCAGUUACGACAACGAGGGGAUCGCCAUUUUUGCACUUAUGUUCACUUACUACCUCUGGGUGAAAGCUGUCAAAUCCGGUUCAGUAUUUUGGGCGGCAGCGUGCGCAUUGGCUUAUUUCUACAUGGUUUCUGCUUGGGGUGGCUACGUUUUCAUCAUCAACCUCAUACCGUUGCACGUCUUCGUGCUGCUGCUUAUGAACCGUUACUCUGCUAAGAUCUACGUCGCCUACACCGUGUUCUUCAUUCUGGGAUUAUUGAUGUCUAUGCAAGUUCCAUUCGUUGGCUUUCAGCCUUUGAAGACUAGUGAGCAUAUGGCCUCAUUGGGCGUCUUCGCUCUGAUACAAGUAAGUGCGCUCCCUAUUCGAUUUUAUGAGACCAGUAUUUAA